GUUUACCUGAGAUCCCCCCAUUGGGCAAGGCAGGACGGAGGCACAGAGCCGGGCCCGGGUUCUUGGGGAGCACCCAAGACCCUGGAUGGACCCCAAGACACCGCUGAGCUGAGGGAGGCUGAAAUGUCACUGUUUUCUAGGAUUUCUGAUAGCGAACCUGCCUAACUUCAGAGAGACCGACUUACAAAGAAACCAGGUCCAAAAGACCAGACUAGCCGUGGAUCUGAGACCCUGGACAAGUCCCUAGAGCUUUAUCUCUGUUCCCCAGAAGUAAGAUGGGGUCACACAUAGCUGACUCCCUCCUCGUGCGGUGCAAGGGCCAGUGAGAACAACUGCGGGGAGAUCUUUAUAACGUCUUCACCAUAAAUGAUGCCGGCGUAAGAGGUGAAGCUGCUCUGGGGACAACUGCUCCUUGGUGCUGAGGGGCUGCUGCCUCCACCACUGUGCUCAGACCCAGAUUGCCUAUCCUGCAGCCCCUCACUGGGAAGGUUUGGACUCCGCUUGAAUCAGAGCCUGCCCACUAUGGCCUCCAAGAAGCUGGUGAACUCCGUGGCAGGCUGUGCCGAUGACGCCCUUGCUGGCCUGGUGGCCUGCGACCCCAACUUACAGCUUCUGCAGGGCCACCGUGUGGCCCUCCGUUCUGACCUGGACAGCCUCAAGGGCCGGGUAGCACUCCUGUCAGGCGGAGGCUCGGGUCAUGAGCCUGCACACGCUGGUUUCAUAGGGAAGGGGAUGCUGACAGGAGUCAUCGCUGGCGCCGUGUUCACCUCCCCAGCCGUGGGCAGCAUCCUGGCAGCCAUCAGGGCUGUGGCCCAGGCAGGCACAGCGGGGAUCCUCCUCAUUGUGAAGAACUACACUGGGGACCGGCUCAACUUUGGCCUGGCCCGGGAACAGGCCCGGGCCGAGGGCAUCGCCGUAGAGAUGGUGGUCAUCGGGGACGACAGUGCCUUCACCGUGUUAAAGAAGGCAGGCCGGCGGGGGCUCUGUGGCACCGUGCUCAUCCACAAGGUGGCUGGUGCCCUGGCUGAGGCAGGGGUAGGGCUGGAGGAGAUCACCAAGCGGGUGAGCGAGGUCGCCAAGACCAUGGGUACCCUCGGGGUGAGCUUGUCCUCUUGCAGCGUCCCAGGCUCCAAACCCACCUUUGAGCUUGCAGCUGACGAGGUUGAGCUGGGCCUGGGAAUCCAUGGGGAAGCUGGUGUGCGCAGGAUAAAGAUGGCCACUGCAGAGGAGAUUGUGAGGAUCAUGCUCGACCACAUGACAAGCACCUCCAAUGCGUCCCAUGUGCCUGUGCAGUCAGGCUCCUCAGUGGUGCUGAUGGUCAACAAUCUGGGAGGCCUGUCAUUCCUGGAACUGGGCAUCAUCGCUGAUGCUGCUGUCCGCUGUCUAGAGGGCCGCGGGGUGAAGAUCGCCCGUGCCCUGGUGGGCACCUUUAUGUCAGCGCUGGAGAUGCCUGGUGUUUCCCUCACUCUCCUGCUGGUGGAUGAGCCCCUCCUGAAACUGAUAGAUGCUGAGACCACCGCAGCAGCCUGGCCUAAUGUGGCCAGGGUCUCUGUGACUGGGCGGAAGCGGAGCCGGGCAGCCCCCGUGGAGCCCCAGGAGGCCCCUGACUCCACUGCUGCAGGAGGUGUAGCAUCCAAGAAGAUAGGACUUGUGCUGGAACGGGUGUGCACCACCCUCCUGGGCCUAGAGGACCACCUGAAUGCCCUGGACCGGGCUGCUGGCGAUGGGGACUGUGGCACCACCCACAGUCGGGCUGCCAGAGCGAUCCAGGGGUUGCUGAAGGAGGGUCCACUGCCUGCCAGUCCUGCCCAGCUUCUCUCCAAAUUGUCCAUCCUGCUUCUGGAGAAGAUGGGAGGCUCAUCUGGGGCACUCUAUGGCCUGUUCCUGACUGCAGCUGCCCAGCCCCUCAAAGCCAAGACUGACCUCCCAGCCUGGUCUGCUGCCAUGGAUGCCGGCCUGGAGGCCAUGCAGAAGUAUGGACAGGCUGCACCAGGGGACAGGACAAUGCUGGAUUCUCUGUGGGCAGCGCGAAAGGAGCUCCAAGCCUGGAAGAACCCAGGGGCAGACCUGUUCCAAGUCCUGACCAAAGCAGUCAAGAGUGCUGAAGCUGCAGCUGAGGCCACCAAGAAUAUGGAAGCCGGAGCCGGACGAGCCAGUUACAUCAGCUCUGCACGGCUGGAGCAGCCAGACCCUGGGGCCGUGGCAGCAGCCGCCAUCCUCCGUGCCAUCCUGGAGGGCUUGCAGAGUAAGGAUGCGUGAGUGCCUCCUCAGCCUCAGCUCCUCUCACUGGGGUGCUGAGGUGGCCACUGUCACCCUCCCAAGUCCAGCAGGAAGUCUUCCACCAAACCUGCAGAAGUACAUUGCAAACAGCCAGAGUGGGCCCUGCGCCUCUCCAGCUCUGCCCUUUCCCUCCCCAGAAGGAUGGAGCAUCUGGGUCACCCUGCCCUGGCCAGGCCAGCUCCAGGCUUGGGCUUCGGUGAUACAGUGUUUUCUUUCUGAAUUGAAGCACAGCCUUUAUGUGGCAAUGCUAAUUUGCCUCUGAGACUCCAAACCAUUUCCUGUGAAAGACCCUCUGUAUCUGAAUCCGACUCAGCAUGGAAAAGAAAGCUAAUAAAGCACAUUGACGCCAUAAAA